AUGGCAACGAAUCAUGAACCGCCAAAACAUCAUAAAUCUACUGAAACAGGCCUUAGGGCUCCAUCUAUAACUACGCCCGAUGACGAUUGCACUUCUGAACUGCUAGUUUCUGCUAUACAAUCAUACCUAGAUAAACGUUUGGCCAAGUACCACCAUAUUGCUAGCGAUGCCGCCUAUAUUGAGGCUGCGCAGACUUUUCCAGAUGAGGCUAUGAGCUGUUUGAAGCAGCUCAUGAUGUGUGACAUACAGAAAAACCGCUCUUUGUGGUUAUAUUCUGUGGGAGAAUUAGUACGCAGUGCGUUAGUGUUGAUGGUAUACGUUAAUUCUAUUCCAGAACUGACGACUCAGCUCUCGUCAGCUACAACGAUGAUGAUUCCUUGUUUCAGCGAGCUAUGUCUUUCACUCGAAACGCUAGCCAAAGAAUGGGAUGUGGGGACUAUGCCGCAUUCAGCAGCGUUGGCGGAGCGACAGUACCAAUAUUUCUAUCGGACUUUAGCUCUUGCAUGUGAGUGGUUUACUAAGGGCCCAGAUCUAGUGCACGAAAAGUUCACUCUCUGUGCCAUUGCGUCUAGGCUUUCUCGGGAUUACGAGGAACAACUGCCGAAAGCCCAGUUUUCCACCCAACAAGCAGAAGCGUUCCCGGCUCUUGUUCAGUUGGCAAGAGCAUGUUACAUAUGCGCCUAUCCUGAAAUUGCAUUGGAACUAACUUCCGAUGAAAAAGGUGAGCCUUGUGCUAGCGUUGCACGCGCAAGUUCCCUUUUGUUGCACACCAAACUAGAAUUCAGUGACUUGAUCGAUUUCUGUCGAUAUUUUGGUUAUUGUCUCGUUACAUAUGUUGCUUCCAGCCCAUCGAUUGAUCAAAAGGUAUGCAAUCGUGCGGAUGUGUUCUUGUCUACUCUUCUCGGACUUCCAAACUUGCGUCUAAGCCAUUAUGCCGUGAUGCCCAACUCUUUAGUCCCUGAACCAUCCGUAUCCGAUCCCCCCAAGCGUUACAUAUCCGUGAGAGAAAGGGAAGAAUUGUCGCUCUUUUACAUAGUCAACAGCAUAUUUCGCAUGACUUUCUUGACUCAAUUUGUCUCUCCCAGUCACCAAUUUAGAGGCGAAUGCAAAUUUCUUUUGGCUAGCCUCCGCUCAAAAGUGUCGCUGGACCUCGAUGUACUGGCUUCAGCACCUCAGUCACGAUCUGCCAGUAUCGCCUCUCUUCCAGUCUUCGAGUUGCAAGCUCUGAGUACGAUACCCACACGGAAACUGAAAACCAUGAGUUCCAUCCUCACCGAAGGUACAUACAAGGAGAAAAUCAACAUUGUGCUUGCAUUUGUGCGGUAUUUUGUCAUUAAUGGUGCUGGAAACAAUACCAGGGCCGGCGACCUGCUUGUGGACUUUGUUCAGAUAUUCAGUUCUGCUCUUGCCCCGGGUGAGAAUCUACCCACAAUGUUUGCUCACGACGAUGUAAAAUACUUGAUUCAAAAGAUCAAUAAGUCCGAUUAUCCUGGCAAAAUAUUGUUUGUGGAGGCUAUGCGUAAGAUUGUUUUGUUGUCACAGUUGCUUUUCGUGAAGCAUAUAUAUUCAACUACCGGCAUCAGAUGCGGGGCCCAAACACUUGUGCAGCAAGUUUUUCAAACGCAGACUCCCUUUGAUGAUAUUCUUAAUGUGAAGGCAUUGAUCCAGUUGAAUAACGACGGGCAGGUGCAACUCUAUUCUUUGCCAAGACCGCUGGAAGAAGAGAAGAUUGAAGAUCAUCUUCGGCAUUUGGAGCAGGUCCGGUUGCUAGAGGAGCAGUGCUGA